GGGCUGGGGCCUGUCAUUGGUGCCACCGCGGAGCAGAGUAGGCGUGCCUGGCCGUUCAGGGAGCUCCUGGCCACUGCACAGUGACCAUCGCAGAGGUCAGGGGGGCGUGCUGAACGCCGCGGAGCACGAAGGCUGGGCACUGGCAGCCCGGUGGCCAGAAGAGCUGCUUCCCAAUGGAGAAGUUCAAGGCGGCCAUGCUGCUGGGGGCCGUGGGGGACGCUCUGGGGCACAGAAACGCCCGCAAGGACAGCGGUGCCCCUGGCAGGAAGGCCAGGGAGGAGCUGCAGACAGGCGGGGACCUGGACCACCCGUCCCCAGAGAAGUGGUGGGUGAGUGACAACACCAUCAUGCACCUGACGACAGCCGGGGCCCUGACCACAGACUACUGGUGCCUGGAUGACCUGUACCGGGAGAUGGUAAAGCGCUAUGUGGAAGUCCUUGAGAAGCUUCCAGAACAUUGGGCUGAUCCAGCUACCCUGGAAGGCUGCUCCCAGCUGAAGCCAGACAACUACCUCCUUGCCUGGCAUACACCUUUCAAUGAGAAGGGCUCAGGAUUCGGAGCUGCCACCAAAGCCAUGUGCAUCGGCAUGCGGUACUGGAAGCCAGAGCGUCUGGAGACCCUAGUGGAAGUGAGCAUCGAGUGCGGCAGGAUGACCCACAACCACCCCACAGGCUUUCUCGGGUCCCUGUGCACGGCCCUGUUUGCAUCUUAUGCUGCGCAGGGCAAGCCACUGGAGCAGUGGGGCAGAGACAUGAUGCGGACAGUCCCGCUGGCUGAGGAAUACUGUAAAAAGACCAUCCGGCACCUGUCAGAAUACCAGGAGCACUGGUUCUACUUUGAAGCUAAGUGGCAAUUUUACUUGGAGGAGAGGAAACUCAGUGAAGACACGGGAAGUAAAGCCAUCUUCCCUGACCACUAUGAUGCAGAGGAGAGGGACAAGGCUUACAGGAAAUGGAGUUCGGAAGGCCGAGGGGGCCGGCGGGGCCAUGACGCUCCUAUGAUUGCCUAUGAUGCUCUCCUUGGAGCCGGGGAUGACUGGACGGAGCUCUGCCACCGGGCCAUGUGUCAUGGAGGUGAGAGCGGGGCCACAGGGACGAUUGCGGGCUGCCUGUUUGGGCUGCUGCACGGCCUGGACACUGUCCCCGCGGGCCUGUACCAGGACCUGGAGCACAAGGAGGAGCUGGUGCAGCUGGGCGAAGCUCUAUACCGCCUGUCCACGGAGGAGAAGUAAAGCUCUCCCGCCGCCAGGCUCUGGGUCCCCAGGGGCAUCUCCGCACUGCUCUUGGCCCUCCCAAGAGGGCCGACGCCUAAAUGGCCAUAAUUAUAUUUUAACUGACCCCCCAUUGCCAAACUCUAACUGCCUAUGAAAUGCACUGUCUGUCCUAGAGAAUGUCUGUCCUGCUCACAUGUGGCCCCUUGGCCCUCCUCCACACAUAGCGGCACAAUCUUUUGCACAAUCGGUGUAUUUCACUCUGGGCAGAACUAAUGCUACUUGCUCACUCACGCCAACAAAACUAAUGUGACGGCCGAGCGUGGACAGAGCCCACGUGCCCGCCUGCCCCUGGCCUUGGCCUCUGGCAGAGCCGCCAGGCUGUGCCUUCUGCAGCAGAUGGAAGCACGCACUUAACUCCUGCUGACGUCUUUAAUCACACUAGAUCUUUAAAACCAGCCCCUUUGGGACAAAUGCCUGAGGAAACCGGGGAAUAAAGGGCCCUUGUGUGUCACCUGCAUCUCCUCCUGUGUGGUCUGCAGUGGUUACGGGGCUGAUGGGUCCACCCACGGCCACCACCUGCUCCACCAGGCUCGUGCUGACACUCCUCGUGGCCGGGGUGUCUGUCUGUGAGUCUUGAAAAAGAGAACUCUCUCUUUUCUUAAAAAUGACCUGGGACACAACAUUUGUGAAUUAGCAUCUGGUGUGAAUAAAAGAGCAGUUGGUGUUUCACGGUUAA